GGGGGGGAGGAAGGCGGAGUUGAAGAGGGAACUGCCUGUCGGCAGAACACAUGAUAGAAUGUGGAAGUUUGGAGCCGUCCCCUGCGUCGUCGACGGUGGCGGCGGCGACGGCGGCGUUGCAGAACUAUCAGUUGUGCUGCGGCUCGCCGAUAGCCAUGGUGGGCGCAGAAUGGGGGUUUCAGAUGCUCAUGUGUGAAGAGAGUGAAGCGGCUAAUGAUGCUUGCUUGGCGCGCAUUGCAGCGGCGGGGGCGCCGGCGGGUCCGCCUGCAUCUUCGACCGCGCCAUCGCUGUGCCAAUCGGCUGCGGCGGCUGCGCUUGUCUCCGCUGACGGCAACAACUUGUUCCCCUCCUGCGCGGCUGCCGCCGGCGCAGGCGCAGAUCAGCAGCGCAUAGUGGGGCCGCAGCAAUCACAGCUGGAACACAGAAGCGGCGGAGGUCGCGAUCGCGAUCAUGGCGGAAGGACCGUCGGAAGCGGCUUCGAAGCGGAGUUGCGCUAUUGUCGUUCGGGAUGGGGAGAAGGCGAAGCAGUGUUUGGAAGUAGUAGCCGAGGAGGAGGAGGGGGGGGAGGCGGAGGGGGAGGGGGAGGGGGACGUGGAAUGAGGUCGGAGGCGGGGAAAGCACGGUCUUCGGCGGCGCAACCCGAGGUCAAGCCAGCGAUGCGUGCGGAGGAGCGGUCCCCCUGUAGCAGGAGCAGCAGCAUUCACGAAACCGGGGACAAUUUCAUCUUCAUGGACACGAUGCGCACGGACGGGGAGUUGCGCGAGCAAUCAGCCGAGCAGGGACCGAAUUUGUUAACGGAUCUGGAUUUUGAGGAGUUUCCUCCUCUGGAGCCUCUUCCUCGGCUAAGCAUCGCGGAGGCGGGGGGAUGGGGAUUUCCCGACUUCGCGGGGAGUGUUGGGGGGGGGUUGGGAGGAGCGUUCCUCCAAGCGCCGAUGGCGGAGCAGCAGCAGCAGCAGUUGACUGCGGCGGCGGCGGCGAACGAGUGGCGUGGAGAGUCCGCGGGCGCGGGGGGGGGAACGCGAUCGCGAUCGCGAUGCGCUGGGAAUCCGGGGAUAGAUGAGGGGAGGCGGACGAACUUAUCUGCAGCUGCGGGAGCGAGCGCAGCCGCUUGUCAUGCGGCCAAAGCCCAGCAGCAGCAGCGCGAAGCAGCGCACGUCGGCAGCGGCGGCGGCGGCGGCGGCGACAUCGCCUGCGGAGGGCGAGGGCAGCAGAGGAACGCGGACGGAUCGCCAAGUGUCAGCAGCUGCAUUUCGGUGGACGGAAGACGAGCGGAGGCUCCGGGGGGGGCCCUUAGGAGGAGGGCGGGGGCAGCGGGGGCAGGGGCGGCAGGGGGAAGAGCUGCGGGGGGAAGAGGAAGCCGGGAGUAUCAUUCGAGAGGGAUUGGAGGAGGAGGUGGUGGGAGAGGUGUGAGUGAGGGGCGGAGCUUCAUAGGGGAGGGGCGAGAGGGCACGCCGGAGAGCACACACAGAGAGUCGGCGGCAGUGAGCAGCGAGCACCGCGGCGGCGGCGGAGUGCGGGUGAUGUCGCCGCUGGGCGCUUCUCAAGUCGCGCCGUCUUCUUCAGCGAAUGAGAACGCCUCCUCACAGGCAGUGAAUAGCACGGUGUCGGCGGCGAUGUACUAUAACUCGCCAACGGCGCUGAGAUCGCUCGAUGACGUGGCGGCAGCAGGAGCUGACACGUCAACGGGGAAGGUGGUGCCGGUGGGCCAGCAGCAGCAGAGAGAAGCAGCGAUGGAGAGGGGGGAAGAAAAUGGGGGAAGCAUGACUCGACUACUCGGCUAUGGUGAUGACAGCGGAAAGCAGGCGCAAGGAAGGCGAGGGGGGGGGGAGGACGAGGAGGAAUCGGGUGCGCGGGGGGUGGCGCAGGCAGAUCUGACGCAGGCGCAGCAACAGCAGCAGCAGCUGCAGAUUCCGCACGUGCACGUGCAUAAAGGAACGAGUGCUAUGGAUUGGGAGAUGUAUAUGAAUCUUAGCGGCUCCUCUGCCGUGGCAAUGCAAGGAGUGAGAGGAGUAGGGGAGGGAGGAGGAGGAGGAGGAGAAGGAGGAGGAGAAGGAGGAGGAGGUCCUUCUCCAUGUGCGGACGUCGCAGCCUACCGCAGGGGAAUCGUGGAUUUAUCUGUCACUUCGGGCAUGCGGGCGGUGAUUCCGGAGGCUGGGUGCUGGCUUGGUGGGCAGAUGGCAAUGAACGGGCGGGAAGUAGGCGGGGGGGCGAGCGCAGUGGCCGUGCAGAUCGGUGCGGCGGCCUGCGCCACACCCGGUCUUUCCGCUGGUCUAGGCGCUGUGGCGACCGGGAUCCCCGCCCCUGCUGUCGGAGGUGGAGCCGCAGGAGCGGCGCAAGGUGGGGGGGGAGGAUCGGUACUCGGGCGCAGGAAAAGUAGGUCAUGGCUGGAUCACAAGCAGAAGCACGCGCAAGCGGCGCAGGCAGCGCAAGCUGCAGCCCUUGCAAGCGCCGCUGCAUCUGUUGCCGCCAUCGGCGCCGCGGAUAGCGGACUUGGGGGAGUAGGGAGCGAUCCCGAUGGUGCGGGAGGUAACAAAAGCAGCGGCACCAGCGGGAUUGAUAACGCGGACGCGUCUGCGCCCCGCUCAUCUUUUGAAGAGGAGGUUCUUAAGAGACAGAAGAGGUUGAUACGGAAUCGCGAGUCGGCUUGCCAGUCGAGACAGCGAAAAAAGUCCUAUCAGAAAGAAUUGGAGGCCAAGUGUCAGAUGCUCGAGGGAGCGGUCGCGCAUCUACGACACGCAAUGGCCAUCACCGCGAUGGAAAACUCGGUAUUAAGAGACGAGUUAGCGCGCUUCAAACAAGCGGGCGGCGAUGGUGCAGGUGGGGCUAAGCCUGCAGCGCUUUUUAGCGACUCCCUGCCGUUGGAGUCCCAGUCCCACCGCACCUGCCUCUCCCGCGUACAACCAGUUGUAUCGCGUUCGCGGCGGCUGCAACUGGUCGCUUACCUCUGCCAAGAGUUUCUCCUGGUUCUGCACGUCGUGCUGCUAGGAGCACUCGUAUUGCAGGUGGGUCUCCCCAGUCCACGACAGUUCCGUUGCCCGCUAAUGGACCUGUGGUUAAUCAAACCCAAGGUUCCAGCAGCGAUUGAAGAGGAGCAAUGGAAAGCAAUGCGGAAGAUGACUCUCAGAAGAGACUGGCACCGAUGGUGGUCUGCCAUCCCAGCUGCGACAGGAUCAGCCCUUCUUUCUCCUUACAUGGGAGCCUCUUUCAGGGCUGUUCACACUGUAGUCCCCAACAGGCAGAAAGGACAUGAAGGGACAUUGAUGAUCCCAGUGUGCUGUUGACUGUGACGAGGCAGUCGCCAAGAAGACGUCAGAGCCACAAGGUGGGUAUGUGUGUAGGUGAGCACUAUGUCUGCUGCUUUUACCUCUUCUCGGGUACCCAGUCUAUUCAUUCAUUUGCUCAUCUGGUCCUGCACAUCUGCUCACCUGUCAAUUUAUCUUCUGGAAUGGCUCUGAAGCUGUCCAGGAUGCAUGACGUCAUGACGUCAGAACUCGGGCUCGUUUGCCAGUGUUCCUCUUCCAUUGGUCAACUUGCCUUUCGAGUUUGACUGUCCUUUGGGUUUUCGAUUCCUACCCUCUUGGGUGUGUUCAGACUUUUCAGGCCAUGGAGAAAGGGGGAGACACCCAAGUGGGUAACGUUAUAUUUUCACGAGUGUGUCGAGCGGUCGGUUGUUUCUUCUUCGGUGUUUGUGUAUCUGAGGACGGCGGGUAAGCGUGAACACGAUCAGUCGUGUACCACGAUUGCGAAGUCGGGAUGAUGAAAAAACUGCUGGGUGGUCAGUCAAUCUGAGCAUUGCGCGAUGGGAUGCGGCGGCAAGGUUUAGGAGUGACUUGUACAACUCUAUAGGGGCAGCAGCACUGGCGAUACGCACAAGGGAGAGCGCUUUUCCGUUCACGUACGUCGUGCGGGACACGGGAUUGAGUACUAGGCAGUAUGCAUGCAGACGUCUCAGGUUGGAACGGUUGCGACCUCUCGGGAGAAGAAAUAGAGGUGUUGUCGGUGUGUUGUGCGAAGCAGCGCUUUUUUCUGACUUGUCGAGGCGACGACUGCAGAAGUGAUGAAGAGGAAAGAUGGAGGUAAGUGGAGCAGGCGGCAUGGUGGCAUCCUCUCCUCCCAAGUUGGUGAUAGGAUGGCCGCCAUGUUCCUGGGGGGACACCUCACCUUGUGUAGCAUAUGUUUUAGGUUUUAACCUGUAGUUCUAAUGCCUGGUCACAGGCUGUGGUCACGAUAAAUGCAUAGGGCGAGCUUGUUGCUGUGACCUGUGACGAAGCGUAUGGACCACGGAGGAGGUAGCGGUCGAGGUGCCCUUGAAGUUGUUCGUUUUUACUUGUAUCCGUCUUACCCUCCCUCACCAUUUAGGGUAAUACUGUAACCAUGUGUUUACCUGGGGUUAGGGAGGGGUUAAGAACUUAAGAUUGUUCGAUCUAUAUGUGCCCCUUCAUUUUUGGAUCCGAUUCUGCGGAAAAUUCCGGCCUGCCAGGAGGAGGCUUGCAAACAGCUCCGAAAUAUAGUGUGCGGCUGUCCCUUCUUUCUGCCGAAAUGUGUUCUUCUCCUCCUUCCUAUGCAAUGGGUUGCAAGGUAUACGAUUGUUGGGACGCCGAGCUUCAAUUUGUCGGGACGGUAUCGUGAUACGAGAUCUCGUCCCAAGACCUUGGGACCGAGAUCUUGGGCCAUAGCAUCAGCCGGUGUGUUGUUAUUAGCUGCAAUGAUAAGGGGUAUGGUGAUGUACCCAGGAUGUAGAAAAGAAAAUAUGAGGAUGCUGGCUUUCUCCUUGUUGGGAGAUGGGAGGGAGAAGGGAAGAGCGAUGGUUUGAGAUGUUGCGAAUGCCACCCAUCAUCAAGCAAACACAGGCACACACACAGCCAGCCAGCCACAAGUGGUCUAUCUUCCAGGCUCUGCGGGGAGAUUGAGAAGUUGAGAAUGCGACCCGUCAUCAAGCAAACACAGGCACACACACACAUACAGCCAGCCACAAAUGGGGUAUCUUCAAGGCGCUGCAGGAAGGGGAGUGGAGAGUAUGGCUCUUGCUGGGUAAGGCGGAGAGCAACACUGUUCCUACUUUUUUUCUCGACUUCUUGACUUUUCUUUUGUCGUACAAAACCUGUUGUUGAAAUGGACAUUUGUUAGUGAAUUAUGCUGAUUGCGUCCUUUUGGGGCUAAUUCUUUUUGCGUCGUCAAGAUGAGACUUAGAGAGGGAGUUUGCUCUGGCUCUUCCCGGUCAAAGAAUGCAACUAAUGAAUGUGGAGUAGGUUGGUUGUCGCUUUCAAAGAGAUCCGAACGUUCGUACGUGCUUGUACAUAGACUGAAGAAAAGGAACGAGACAUUGGGCUUGCUGGGUUACACAUUUGUCGUAGUAGUAGAAGUUGGGGGAGAGAGGGAGAGAGAGAGAGAGAGAGAGAGAGAGAGAUGUACCUUCUCUGUCUUGCUCACACAAGCAAGAGAGAGAGAGAGAGAGAUAGACUUCUGUCUUGCUCACACAUGAGAGAGAGAGAGAGAGGUACCUUCUCUGUCUUGCUCACACAUGAGAGAGAGGGAGAGAGAGAGAGAGAGGUACCUUCUCUGUCUUGGUCAUGCAUGUGAGAGAGAGAGAGAGAGAGACAUAACUUCUCUCAGUUCUCUGUCUUCUGCUCAUGAAUGUUCGGUAGUGGUGACUCCCCCGCUCGACUGAUGAUGUAAAAGAGAGAGGACUACAAAUACGCGUCUUAACUUCAGUUACCUUCCUGAGACCACGAAAGCUAUUUGAUGUCUCAAAGGUAUUUCAAGUCCAGAGGGGACAGAGUCGUCGGUGAUUUGGAGGCUGACUCAGGUCAAGGGUCAGAAAUCGUGAUGCAUGGUGUCAUCGUCAGUUUUCAGCUGUUUUGAGAGAGUUCUACUGCUUUCAACCGUUUGGGGUAAUUGAGGGUGGAAGUGGUAGUACAGUGAGCUGUCAGGCCCUCAAUCGACUCUCUUUAUGCUUCUUGCUCCUGUCCUCUCCUGAAUGAUGGGCAUUUGGUCGGAGCGCGCUUGUCUGAAGACAGAAACCGAUGCCUGAUGCCUUAUGACAUGUUGCCUUGAGAGGUGAGCCUCUCACACGCAGGUCUAGUGUGAGGACACUAGAAAAGACAUCUCAGUUCUACGGUUUGUGAUGGUUCACUGCAACUUCAGUGAUGGUCCGGGGCAACUGUAGUGAUGGUUAUCAACGUAUCACAGAAGGUAUGAGAGAGCGGGAUUGCAGCGCUCUCUCAUUUCGCGAGCGGUUUCUGAUGGUUCGGGGAGACUUCAGUGAAGCAUCGACCAGACAACAGGGGCAAUCUAAGACGAGGGGAAGGAUGGUGUCGAGUUUCAACGAGGGAUGAUAUGGCAUGAUGCAAUGUGGGAGAAGAGUGGAUGGAAGGCAUGCUGGCAUGUGCAAGGUGUUCGCGCGCGCGCGUGUGUGUGUGUGUGUGUGUGUGUGUGUGUGUGUGUGUAGGUGGAGCUUGGAAAUGGGAGAGCAGAGGGCUUGGGAUGGAGCCAUUUGUUCUACGCAGGUUUCUGUUGCUGCUGCAUAGCGUAUGGCGAGAGGAUGUGUUUCCACAUGAAGAGGAGUCCGAAGAGUCCGAAGGUAAUUUGGGAAUGGAUUGGCAGCAUAUGACUUUAUACAGUAGAGGAGGAGGAGGAGGAGGAGGGGGAGGAAUGAGAGCACAUGAUGUUGCUGCUUAGUGUAUGGCGAGAGGAUAAAUUUCCAUGCGAAGAGGAGUUUGAGGGUAAAUUGGGAAUGGAUUGGCAGCGAAUGACUUAAAAGUUAAAAGUUAAGACUGGAGAGGGGGGGGAGGAGGAGGAGGAGGAGGAGGAGGAGGAAUGAGAGCACAUGACGUGGGGCCAAGUUGAACCGGUCACAAGCCGAGCAUUAAAAAAAAGGUGCGUAAACGCCGUAAAAGUGCGUUGUGGAUGUUGGGGAUAUACAUUUUUGCGGUUGUCUGUGCAUUUAGGAAAGGGGCGUCAUCAUUUAGCAAAGGGGCGUCGUCAUUUAGCAAAGGGGCGUCGUCAUUUCAUAGGGUGGUUGAGCUGACAAUAGAGAUAGACGUAGGUCUGGUGGGACUUAGCAAACUGUAAAAUUGUAGGAAGGUUGAUGAUGGGUGUUGUACCUGAGGAGACAAAAUGGAGCAGGUGGAAGUGGUGAUGCAGUGUUGUGGCUAUAUGUGGUGCCAGGGGGAGAGAGAAAACUUCUUACAAAAAACGAAAAAAAAAAAAAAAGAAAAGCUGUUUGCGAAGUGAAGAGAAGAUGUCCCGACUUAGUCAUCGUGGUGAAUGCCGCUGUGAU